GAUCCCGGAGCCUAUUGGCCCACACGCUCAUCGCUGCUUCGAGCAGUGGAGGACCCAUUGGAACACCGCCGGGUUCGUCGUAGCUUUUGCCCUCGCUUUGCCUCGCAAAUGUGAGGAGGAGAUAUUUGGGUGACCAGUACAGGGAUUCAUUCUCGUAGACCAGGAGGAAUUUGUUUACGGGCGAGACUGUAGAGUAUUGAGAAAGCUUGCUGAGGAGGGUAGAGAGGCGAGGGGCAGUGAGAGAGGAACCUGAAAGGAGCAGGGGAGACCCAUUUUGUUGAUAAGAUUUUGGGCAAUUGUUUGUAACGAACUGUGUGGCCAUGACUUUCGCUGCGGCUCUCGCAGCGUCUCUCGCAGGUCCCCACCUCUCUAUUCCAUCUUUUUCCUCUUCUAGGACGAAGGUCCGUGCUCAGAGCUCCUCCAGCUGCGCUCUCCCAUUGACCUCGAGGCGCAGAGAUAUUCAGAGACAAUGGAGGGUGCAAUCUCAAUCUGAUCAAGCCCCAGGGUCGUCCAAGACGGAGGAUAAGCCGACUGAAAAUGAGCCUACUCCCUCAUGGGCGAAACCGGGGACUGAGGAGCUUCCACCAUGGGCCAGGAAUGAGGCAGCCGCACCCGUUGAUUCUUCCGGCGACCUCCCUUUCCCCGUCUAUUUGAUUGGCUCUUGCUUGGUCGCCAUAGCUGCGGUUGGCUCUAUAUUUGAGUAUUUCAACCAGAAUCCCAUAUUCGGAGUUGUUCAGCCAGACAGUCCCCUUUGGGCUCCAAUUUUGGGCGUAUUUGCAAUUACAGGCUUUCCCUCAGCGGGUUUUUUGUUUUACAAAGCUAUUAGUUUAGCAAACAAAGCUUCAGAGGAAGCCGACAGAGCGGACGGCUUUGAUCCCUGAAAGGGUAUUUCGACUUAGAGAAACUGAGCUUGCCCCACCCUUUGAAUUUUCUGUACCAUAUCUUAUUACGCAGCAUAAAUAAUGUAAACAGCUGAGUUCUCUCAUCCGGCGAUUCUUCCCAUCUCCUAUGUAUCUACACUGGUAGUUGGCAUUGCAUCUGGUCUGGGCUCUAGUCGACUUGUUAGGGACCGAGGGGGACGGUCCAUAGCUAAGUUUUCGAAACUUGGGUAUUUCUUACUCGUAUCCUGUAAAUGGGUUUGUAGAACGCAAAUGGUCUCGAGAUGCCUGGUUCUAAAUGUGGAAAGUACUGGCAUCUCAUAAUCCUCAAUCAAAUUGGAGAGAAUACGACCACUGGAGGGGUCCAACUUACGUUAUCUUA